AUGGCUCCAGUUCAAAGUGGAGGACUUUUGAAACGAAGGCAGAUAAGAACUCCUAGGUCAUGCGCCAUAGCCACCGCUCACUUAUUACUCCAAGUUGUCGCAAAGCAAAGAUGGACGGAUAUCACAAAAGUCUUGGAGCGCAUUCGGAAAGUGGGACAAAGAUUGAUUGAAGCCCAACCAAGGGAAAUGGUCGUGGGAAACAUCGUUCGCAGAGUCUUGGGUAUGAUCAGGGACGAAGCAAAGGAGGACCGCACGGAAGACGUCAGUGAUUCAGCUUCAACCAGUCAAAUUGGGUCGCCCAGGCGUGAGGGCUUCAGCGAUGUGGGACUAUCGAGGCUGACACAGAGCUCACGGCCUCCUUUGAUGACCUCGCAUACUUCUUAUGCUGCUCAGCAUAACGUCCCUGUGCAGCAGUCAAUGUUCAAUCUCUUGUCGGCUGCUCCUUCUCCGGCUUCCACCCCUCCAGGAACCUCGUCUCCUCAUGGCAGAUCUGUGUUGGAUAUGACUUCGCUUGCGAACAAGAUGGCCUCCACCACGAGGGAUCUCAAAGCUGAAAUCAUUAAUGGCAUCGAGGAGAUUAUUGAUGAGCUCGACCAAGUAGAUGAUCAAAUUUCUAGUUACGCGCAGGAACAAAUUUCAGAGAGAGAAGUCAUACUCACACAUGGUACCUCGAGGAGUGUUCAAAAGUUCUUGCUAAAAGCUGCGGAAAAGAGAAAGUUCACUGUAGUGGUUGCUGAAUCGUACCCAAAUGAUCACUCAACAACUCAUUCUACAGUUACAGGAACGGCGGAGCAGGACACCGAGGGCGACUUGAGCACAAAAACAUUUCUGAAACCACUUUCCGCUGCUGGAAUUAUUGUUACUCUUAUAACCGAUGCCGCAGUAUUCGCAGUAAUGCCAAGAAUCACAAAGGUCAUUUUGGCUACCCAUACUGUCAUCGCCAAUGGUGGACUGGUAGCUGCAGCCGGGGCACGCAUCAUCGCGAGAGCAGCAAAGUUUCAUAGAAUACCAGUCAUUGUUGUUAGUGGUAUUUACAAGCUCAGCCCUGAAUAUCCUUUUGAGUUUGAGUCCCUUAUCGAAUAUGGCGACCCCGGAAAUGUAGUUGGAUUUGAGGAUGGGGAAUUUGUAGAUAAGGUUGAAAUCGACAAUCCUCUUUUUGACUAUGUCUCUCCUGAUUUAGUUGAACUCUACAUUACCAACCUGAUCGUCGCAGAGCACUAUAAACCAGAAGAUAUAAAUUUUCACAAACCGGAACUCCAGUUUUAA